CCGGAAGUUUGCGUAUGACGUCAUUUUAAAACGCAUGGAGCUGAAUUGUGAACAUGUGAAACAGAAAUAGCGAGGCUGAACCAAGUGGACAUUAUGGCAGAUGAAGCUUUGAUGGUGAACUUUUCCUCCGGGAGCUUUAAACCGUACAAGACGCAUCGAGGGUCUUUCAAGGCUCGUGACAAGUGGGCACAAAAAAAGCAGGCAGCCUUAAAACGCAAGGCUUCAGGAGAGCGACAUGUUCCCCAGUUCAAACACAAGAAACCUCGGCAGUCAGACCAGCCGUGGGACGCGCAGUCUCCCCCUCUUAUCCCUAAAUCUCCCCAGAAGCACAAAAAUCAGCCAGACCUGACCACCACAUCUAAGAGUCCACCUCUCAACCCCAAAGCCCCAUCUCCCUCCAAGCAGAAGAACGAUUCUCAGACAGACCAGCACAGCCUCAGCCCUGCAGACUCUGUCAGUCCAAAGGCACCCCCUCGCAAACAGACACAUGGGGUUCAGGGACCCCAGGGGAAGAAGCCUCAACAACCCACUGACAGGAAACAUGCUGAUGAGGGCACAGCAGCGGGCAAACCGGCAAUUAAGACGUCAAGUCUCUUCAAAAACAACCCAGACAUCCCCAGUGUCCAGGCUCCCAGUGUGACCCAGCUAAAGGAGAAGGUUUUCACCACAGACUCCUUCGCUGAACUGGAUCUUCAUCCUCACCUGGUGGCAACACUCAACAAGGUCCUCAAUGUCACCAGCAUGACCAGUGUCCAGAAACAGACCAUUCCUCUGCUGCUGUCAGGCAAAGAUGCAGUGGUGCGUUCACAGACAGGCUCAGGUAAAACGUUGGCCUAUGGGAUUCCCAUUGUGCAGUCACUACAAGCAGCAGAUCCUAAAAUUAAGCGGUCAGAUGGACCUCUGGCUGUAAUAGUGGUUCCUACCAGAGAGCUAGCCCAGCAGAGCUUCCAGAUCUUCCAGAAGCUUGUAAAGCCGUUCACCUGGAUUGUUCCAGGAGUGCUGAUGGGCGGGGAGAAGAGAAAGGCGGAGAAAGCCAGACUGAGGAAAGGCAUCAACAUUCUGGUGUCAACUCCUGGGCGACUGGUUGACCACAUCCAAAACACUCUGAGUAUCGUCUUCAGCAGUGUGCAAUGGCUCAUCCUUGACGAGGCUGACAGGACUCUGGACCUGGGCUUUGAGAAGGACCUGACGGUGAUCCUGAAUGCCCUGAAUGCUGGAGGCUCCCCCAGACAAAACGUCCUGCUGUCCGCAACACUCACGGAAGGGUUGUCUCGUCUGGCCGACAUCAGCAUGAAGGACCCCGUGAGCGUGCACGUGUCCGAGGACCCUGCCAACGGGAAGGCGAUGGCGUGCACUAGACGGGCGUGCGAAGGUAGCGAAGACCAGCAGGAGGGGGGGAAGAAGGGGAAGGGGAUGGGUGAGGAGCAGCAGGCCCUGGCCGACAGCUUUGCCAUCCCCGAGAAGCUGCAGCAGCACAUGGUGGUGGUGCCCAGUAAACUACGCCUCGUCUGCCUCGCCGCCUUCAUCCUGGCCAGGUGCAAGUUUGAGAGCGGGCAGAAGCUGAUCGUGUUUGUCUCGAGCUGUGAGGCGGUGGAAUUCCUUUUGACGAUGCUGACGGCUGUGCUGAAUGGACCAAGAGACGCCACAGACACGCCCGCACCCAAAAAGACUCCGCUCAAAAAGAAGGGCGCUGCUCCGCCUCCUAAACCCGUCAACUUCCUCCGCCUGCACGGCAACAUGAAGCAAGAGGAGAGAAUGGAGGUGUUCCAGGAGUUCUCCCACUGCACAAGUGGCGUCCUGCUCUGCACUGAUGUUGCAGCUCGCGGCCUGGACCUUCCUCAGGUCACCUGGAUCAUACAGUAUAACCCUCCUCUGUCAGCUGCGGAGUACGUGCAUCGUGUUGGCCGCACAGCUCGCAUCGGCACCGAGGGCUCAAGCCUCCUCUUCCUCACGCCAGCAGAGGUCGCCUACGUGGAUGUCCUGGCCAAUCACAACAUCAGCUUGUCUGAGAUGAAACUGGAAGACAUCUUGUCUGUACUGCUACAAGAUGAACGAUUCCGUGGCAGAGGACGGUGGGACACUAAGAAGAGUCAGGCAGCUGUGGAGCAGGACAUGCGAGAGCGAGCCACGGUACUCCAGACGGACUUUGAGAAUAUUGUUCACGCCAGCGAGGAGUCCGUCCAGGCGGCAAAGAAAGCGUUGCAGUCGUUUGUGCGAGCCUACACCACCUACCCCUCCGCCCUGAAGCACAUCUUUCACCUGCGGAGCCUCCACCUGGGGCACGCGGCCAAGAGCUUCGGCCUCCGCGACGCGCCCAAGAACCUCACAAACGGCACCGCGGGGGACAGUAAACGCAAGGACAAAGAGAGCAAGAGCAAAGAGAAGACGAAGAAGACGGGCAUGAGUGACCGUAAGCGCGUCGCCUCUCUCCUCCGCUCGGAGUAUGGCAGUGGAACAGACGCAAGUGACCAACAAAAGAAGAAGAAGAGGAGGAAGAAGAAGAAGAACGCAGAAGAAAUGUCAGAGGAGGAAACAACUGAGUGAUGUCACAUGGGCACCGCUGAAUUGGCCAUAUGGCAUACAGGACAUUUGCCUGUUGGACUGUUAAUUAUUUCGGCCUGUUUCUCCCCUCAAUGCAGUGGUAUCAGUCCUCAUGCCGCUACAGCUGACCUCUCCGAGGCAGAAUUAGAUAUUAAUUUUGGCUGUCGUGGUCAAAGGUCGUUAUAGAUAACUACAACUGUUGUUUGUCUUUCUCAAUGCCUGGUGGAUCGGUCUUCACUGAAAAUGCCCGGCCCGCUUUUACAUCCCAGUGCAGCUCUGGACAUGGGACACAAAUCCGCUACACACACACACACACACACACACACACACACACUCUCAAACACGGGACACAAAUGCGAUACACACACACACACACACACACUCGCAAACACAAUAAACACUUGCACAAACACAGUGCACUUGUUUGUCAACACAGGCAAGGAGUGCACACAUACACGUACGUGCACACACAUCACACACACGUCUACACAGAUGGAUAUCCAAUGCAUCCCCCAUUUCAGGUGGUCAGCUGUGAUCUGAUCUAGUGACUGUGCAUCGAUGCACACUACUGUACUGUGUGCACAUGAGUAUGCAUUAUUGGGUGAAGUUCAAUUACUUUUUUUCUUUCUUUAUUGGACUUGAAGGACUCAUGUUGUGAUAAUCUAAAUUUUUAUGUUUGUGUAUAGUGAUCUGCUUGCUUUUCUGCUGGAAACAUAUUUUACAAUGAAAUAAUAUUUCAAAUAAUAUUUCUAAAAAAGUCU